CAGCCGUGUACAUGAUAACAGCCAGUGUUAGUUUCCCAACCCCCACACAUAUAUGUUGUGUGCUCCAACCCAAAAACAAGAACCUUAAUAUCUUAUGUAAGACUUUUAUCUUCGAGCGCUAACAGUCCAUGGAGGAACAAUGGAGCUGUGGAUGCUUCUUCUUCUGCAUUUGCAACUUGCUAAUGCUCCAUGGAUUGAAGGUGGGAGAAAAGGUUGGUGUCUCACUCCCACCACCUUCCAACGUCUCCAUCUCUUCCUUCAACAUGGAGCAUACACUCAGCUUCCUCCCAGGUCCUGGGACCCCCUCCAACACCCACUUCAGUGUCCAAAUCAUCCGCCAGAGGAAGUCCUCAUGGAGACCAGUGGUGGGUUGUUUGGAGCUGAAGGCUGCACAGAUGUGUAAUCUUACCACAGCAUUCAAGGACCCGUACACUCAGUACCGAGCCCGGGUCCAGGCCUUCACAGCCACCCAGACAUCCAACUGGACUGUGUCAGGAUGGUUCCAGCCUCUGUCAGACACUGUGUUGGGACCUCCUGGUGUGUCUGUGUCUGGCUGUGGGAACUGUUUGAUCCUGCAGCUCAGACUUCCUGUUACAAGGGGGGGGCAGCAGAACCUGCAGCUGGAGAACCUCUACAGAACAGUCGAGCUGCAUGUGCAAAGGACCAGGGACGAGACACAGUUCAGAUUGAGUCUGCCUUACAAAGAGGAGACUGUGAUCACGUACCUGCAGCCAGGUGUAGAAUACUGUGUGACCAUCACUGUGACCACACACUUCACCUCCAACUCUGUCUCCAGUCGACCUUACUGUGCCUUCACCAGCCCCCCUCCACCCACAACCUCAGCGUAUUUGGUCUUCGGCCUGCUGGGGGCUUCCUGUGUGCUGGGGCUCUUCUUCAUUGGACUAAUGGUUCAUGGCAGUUGGCUGAGCUCAUCCAGAACUCUGCUACAGAAUAAAGACUCUACCAACUGUCUCCUGACUGCCCACAGCCCGACUCCACCACUGAGGAGCUGCUCUGAGGGGGGGAGAGGACGACUGUGAAGACUGAACUGACUGCAGAUUAAAAAUGUAAAGUGUUGGAGAGGGACAGGACUGAGAAUCGAGACCAGGGGAGCUGGUUUAGGUAGACCUGAUAGGGCCUUAGAGGAAGUUCAGGGUAAUGUUCAUGGUUCAGUAUCAGAGUGAAAUGUCUUUAUAAAUUGUUAUAAAACUUUCCUUAUGUCAGUGUUUCUUAUGGAGGCUUCUUUCUUCCAUGAGAAACUGCUCAAUAUCACAUUGUGAAAUUAAAAGUUAAACAAUAAGUUUUUGACAUAAUAACGAUGUUUUCACAAAUGUAUACAUUUUUAACAAGAACCCUUCCUUAUUAUUACACAAAUAAUACUGUUACUGAUACUAUUCAUAUUUUUAUAACAUAAAAAUAAUCAUGUCAUAACAGCGUGACACUGAUGUAUGUAUGAUGUCUGGAGAAGAGUUGUGGGACUUGUGUUAAUGUCAGCGUUGAAGCUAACACUGAUCUACAUCUUGCUGUAUGUGCAUGGUUAAACUGGAAAGCCUUUUAAUGUAACUGCAGUUCUUUCACUUUAAUUUCCCAAUGAAUAAAACUGAAAUCAACAGAUA